AAAUGGCGUCCGGCAGUGGUAGUAAGAAUGAUUUUCGACGGCGAUGGGACAAAGACGAGUAUGAGCAGCUGGCUCAAAAAAGACUCACGGAGGAGAGGGAGAAAAAGGAUGGCAAGCCAUUGCCCCCUGUCAAGCGGGCACUCCUCCGCCACAGAGACUACAAAGUCGACCUGGAGUCCAAACUGGGGAAGACUAUUGUCAUCACAAAGACUACGCCUCAGGCAGAGAUGGGCGGGUACUAUUGCAACGUGUGCGAUUGUGUUGUGAAAGACUCCAUCAAUUUCUUGGAUCACAUCAAUGGCAAAAAACAUCAGAGAAAUCUGGGGAUGUCCAUGCGAGUGGAACGCUCCACUCUAGAUCAAGUGAAGAAACGUUUUGAGGUCAAUAAGAAAAAGAUGGAGGAAAAACAGAAAGAGUAUGAUUUUGAGGAACGAAUGAAGGAAUUGCGAGAGGAGGAGGAAAAAGCAAAAGCUUACAAAAAGGAGAAGCAAAGAGAGAAGAAGAGAAAGGCAGAGGAGGAUCUGAACUUUGAGGAGGAUGAUGAAAUGGCAGCAGUGAUGGGCUUCUCAGGGUUUGGCUCCUCAAAGAAGGGCCACUGAUAUUUAGACCACUCUCACCUCUUUGCCAAGAUCUUUUCCCCCUGCAGCUGAGCAGUGAGAAUUUACAGAUAGGUGUAUUGUUAACUCCUGUCAGCUAAGAGGGUAAGACCAUGGUUUGUUCCUUGAUUGGACCAGCCUUACCCUAAUUUUUACUGUGUUUAUUCAAGGUCAUGGAAAGUUAAGCUAAUGUCUUUUUUCUUAAAACACCACUCAGUUGUUUAUUGAUGUGUGAAACCAACAAGCAGUUUUACAAAGAACAGCCCUGGAAGCUUAGUUUGUUGCUAGGUAACAGUUUAAAAUUUUGCAAACAUAUCUGAAUUGGAACUGUACUUAACAUUAGCCCAGCUUUGUUUCUGAAUCACAAGUCUUGCAUGGGUUGGUGCUGAUUUGUUAUAUUCACUCAAUCUUUCAGUGUCUGGUACACUUGUUUGUUUUAGGGAGGAUAACAGUGAGCAGUUUUCAUUGACAUCUGGAAAAGCAGGAAGCCGGGCAGUGUUAUUUUAGUUUUGAGUUCCUUCCUUACACUCAGUUUUUUUUUUUAUGAUCAGUGAUAGUUAAUUGGAAAUUUUAAACAGCCCAACCUGACAAUCCAGUCCCUCACAAGCUAAAAGUGUGAAAAUUGAGUGUCCACUAUGCAAGACUACAAUGGCCACUAUUGCACCCUAUUCAUUUAGACCUGCCCAGUAUAAGAAUAUGUUUGAUUUAAGGGCUAUGUGUUUCUCUUUAACAGUCUGUAAAAGUUACUGUGUUAAAUUGUGUAAUUUAAUUGCUAUUUUACAUUAAAGAUGGCUCCGGGUUCAGUUUUUGUUUAAUUUUUGUUUCAAAUUGAUGGAUCAUUGAUUUAUGUAUUAAA